CCGCCCCCUGUGAGGCACGCAUGGCACUUAUCAUUGCUUUUUUUCCCCUUUGCUUCCUUGUUUACUGCUCACACACCUCAACUCCUCUUCUUGUCUGUGUGGAGGAGGGAGGAGGAAGAGAAGGAAGCAGCGCGCACUAUUGAGUAGCUUCCGCCUUGUCUCCAUGACAACCUCACACCCAACCAUCUUGUGAGCUGUCAUCCUGUUUCUACGGUGACCUGAUCCCAUUCCCUUGCUGUUGGUGAUCCGGAUUGAGCCAAUAAACAAGUGGAAUCUGGCAGCAGUGGUUCAUUUGUCUGUGGAUGGGACGGCGGAUCCCACGCAGGGGCACAGAUUGGAGGACAGGAGGGUACGGAACACUGAGAAUGCUGCGGGAGUAGCACAAGAAGGUUGCUUGGAAACAGCAGCAUGCCAGUACAACAGAUAACUGUGGUUCCAGCAAGAGAAACCGCCACCAACGGCAAGAGCAUUCCUCGAUCCAAAGACAAGAAUGAGGGGAAGAAGGUGCCUGGGCGCUCAGGGAGUCGACACAGCAACAUCUCCAAGGGGAGCAACUCUACAGCUGGAGUCACUUCCGUUUCGAGAACCUCAACAACAUCUGCUCAGGACAUAUGCAGCUCUGGCCAGCUGACCAACUUACAGGAGGAUGCUCCUGAGUGCAACAAACUCAACAAGACCAGAAAAAACACUUCUGCCAUGACAGUCACCAGCACAGCUUUGAGCUCGGCAGCUCAGGGUCAGAAAAAACAAACCAAGAGGCGCCACCGCCGCAAGAGAAGCAGCUGCACCACCCUAGAUUGUGUGGAGGCCAACUGCAAACAGGAGCAGAGCGACCGCAGCCUCAGCUCUGACCGCAGUGAGCUGAGCGAGAAAAGGGAGCGUUCCUUCAGGAACCGCAGGGAGCUCCCUCCCCGCCUCCGCUGCUCAGGUGCUCAGGAGUCUCACUCCUCCUCCGAGGAUGAGACACGGCGUGAAACCCGCAGCUGGAGUCAGGAGAAAGCCAGGAGAGCGCGCCGCCGCAGUGUGAGCAGCCGCGAGAGGGAAGCAGCCAACGGGCAGCAGGGAGACAAAGCAGAGACGAUGGAGCUGCAGUCGGUAGACUCCAAUGAAGGAAAGGAGAAUCAGCCUCUGGUGGAGAGUGGCGGCCUUAAGAAGCGCCACAGCAUCGUAGGGUCAACAAAGAGAGACAGUCAUGUGUCACAGAGAGAGAGGUCCAGGAGCAAAGAAAACGAGAAAAGUUGCAAGUCACGGAGCCCGAGAGGCAGCUCCUCUUUGGGAGAGGGCGGAGAGGAACUCAUCACCAAAAAAUACCAGGAACGAGGGUCAGGAGACGGGGACAUGUCUGUGCCCACCCCUCAGAAACACUGUGGGGUGAAUGGGGGCCUGCCUCGACCCUGCUCAGAAGACUCUGAGCUGGAGGUCUGCAGGAUUUGCCACUGUGAGGGGGAUGACGAGUUCCCGCUGAUAAUGCCUUGCCGCUGCACGGGGAGCCUGAGCUUUGUCCAUCAGGCCUGUCUCAACCAGUGGAUCAAGUCUUCAGACACCCGCUGCUGUGAACUCUGCAAGUUUGACUUCAUCAUGGAGACCAAGCUCAAGCCUUUAAACAAGUGGGAGAAGCUGCACAUGUCGAAGAGCGAGAGGAGAAAAAUCUUUUGUUCAGUCUUGUUUCACCUGAUAGCAAUACUGUGCAUGUUGUGGUCUGUCUACAUUCUGGUAAAAAGAACCACGGAGGAGAUCAAACUUGGGAAGAACGAUGAGUUUUGGAGAGUUUCUCUACUGAAGUCCUAUGAGCAGCAGGGUGUGCUAGAGUGGCCCUUCUGGACCAAACUCAUUGUAGUGGCCAUUGGCUUUACCGGCGGCCUCAUCUUCAUGUACAUCCAGUGUAAGGUCUACCUGCAGCUGUGGCGCCGCCUAAAGGCCUUCAACCGCAUCAUUACCGUGCAGAACUGCCCCGAGAAAAACCUGCACAAGUCUCAGACGCAGUGCAGCGCCCUCACAAACGGCAAGCACGAAACCGUGGAGGUGCCGGUCACCCCGGCUCCCAUCCCGACACCUGAGGCCCAAGUGGACUCGGACGUGUCUGUAGAGGCUGCAGUGGCGCCAGCGCAAAACCCCGUUUGACUUGAUUCUCCUGAAAGGUCAAUCACACCCUGCUCAGCCUGCGAGACCAGCUGUUGUGUGUGAUGUGGACUCUUGCAGCAGUUUCUCCCCAGCUCAUGGGACGGCUGGUUGAAGCAGAACUGACCCAGUCCUGCAGUGAAACUGGGAAACUGAGCAGAUCGUCUGCAGCAAAAUAUAAGCCUAUCCGAGAAAGAGAAAAAGGUCAGAAGCAAAGAUGCAGAAAUUAAUGCGGACACUUGUGAAAUGGUAUUACCGAUGCCAUCUUAUUUGUAUGCACUUUGUAAACUUGCACUGACUUAACUUAAAAUAUUCAAAAGCAUGUGAAUGCUAACAAUGAAAGGCCUCACUAUGCUUCAAAUAGUACACUCAAGACCAGCUAAUGUGAGAUAAAAUAAACUAUACAUCAGCAGGAGUGGAAGACAGAAAUCCGGAAUGAAGUGGGAGUUAAUGCUCCUCUGCUGCUGCACAAAGGUCAACGCCCUGUGGAUGCUGCACAAUUUACUGCACUUUAAAUUCACUCAAGAGCAUUUAUGAAGGGUUUCCUUUCUGCCGAUUUUUUUCACUUCACACAAGCCAUGUUCAGACUGACAAAUCCCAGUUAUAACCCUUGUGCUAUCCUAGGCACUAUAACGUUGGGAGUUGCGUCAUCUAGACCCACUAGACAGUGCGCUGAACCUUUUUUUUUUCAAUGAUUUGUGAU